AUAUUGGCUAGCAGAAUCUCAAGAUAUGCUUGAGUCAUAAAACUUCCACGAGACCGAGGACAGAGGGAUUUAUUUUUUUGAGUGGAACACAAACAGGCCUGUCCUUAAAGCUGUUCGCCUGUCAAUGCCGGGGAAGCAGCCACAUUGAAUGAGGUUUCAGUCUCACAUGGGCAAGAUGGACAGAUCAUAACAAGACAUUACUUCAAAGGUGAAGUGUUCGACGGGGCCCCAGAGUUGCAACUGGACUGCCUCUGCAGUGGUGACAACCACAGCAUUGCAGAAAUGAAGCAUGAGGGCAACCUCCUUCCCCUGGAACCACCCCACCAUGCAGGGUUUUCCAGUCCCCCCCGGAAAGGGCCUUCCUCACUAGCUGAGAAGAGCAGCCCGCUGCUCAUGGAGCCCAGCAACAUCAAGGCUGACCCCGCUGGCGACAUGCCUGCCAACACAGAGUGUCAGCCGGUGAAGAGGAAGAAGGGUCCAGCCCCCAAGAUGCUGGGGAACGAGGUGUGCAGCGUGUGCGGGGACAAGGCCUCGGGCUUCCACUACAACGUGCUGAGCUGCGAGGGCUGCAAGGGCUUCUUCCGCCGCAGCGUCAUCAAGAGCGCCCAGUACUCGUGCAAGAACAACGGCCGCUGUGAGAUGGACAUGUACAUGCGCCGCAAGUGCCAGCAGUGCCGGCUGCGCAAGUGCCGCGAGGCGGGCAUGCUGGAGCAAUGCGUUCUCUCAGAGGAGCAGAUCCGAGGGAAGAAAAUGAAGAAGAACGAGGAAGAGACUGCACGCACGUCUGCCGUGGUGACCCCCACCCCGGUGCCGGAGGUGGUCCCGCUGGAGCCCGAGCAGCUGGAGAUGAUCGAGAAGCUGGUGGCCAUGCAGAAGCAGUGCAACAAGCGCUCGUUCAUCGACCGGCCCAAAGUCACGCCGUGGCCCCAGAGUCAGGACCCCCAGAACAGGGAAGUACGGCAGCAGCGCUUUGCCCACUUCACCGAGCUGGCCAUCAUGUCGGUCCAGGAGAUAGUGGACUUUGCCAAGCAGUUGCCUGGCUUCCUAGAGCUCACCAGAGAGGACCAGAUUGCCCUGCUGAAGACCUCAACCAUUGAGAUCAUGCUGCUGGAAACAUCACGGAGAUAUAACCCUGCCAUUGAAAGCAUCACGUUCCUGAAGGACUUCAGUUAUAACAAGGAGGAUUUUGCCAAAGCAGGGCUGCAGUUGGAGUUUAUCAACCCCAUCUUUGAGUUCUCCAAGGGCAUGAAUGACCUGCAUCUGGAUGAGGCGGAGUACGCUCUGCUCAUCGCCAUCAACAUCUUCUCUGCAGGUCAGAGGUCAAGUGGUAUGCUAGUGUGGAACAGAGCUCAUAUGCAAGACCGGCCCAAUGUGCUGGACCAUGAACUGGUGGAGCGACUACAGCAGCCGUAUGUGAACGCACUUCGUUCUUACAUCAUGAUAAAGAGACCAAACGAUCAUCUGAUGUUUCCACGCAUGCUCAUGAAGCUGGUCAGCCUCCGCACCCUCAGCAGCGUCCACUCUGAGCAGGUCUUCGCCCUGCGCCUCCAGGACAAGAAGCUCCCGCCGCUGCUAUCUGAAAUCUGGGACGUCCACGAGUGACUCCAGCCGACACCCUCGCGGAACUCUGCCGCGCUCCGCAAACCUGCGUACUGGGAUGGACAGAAACACUGGGUUUGUCUUUCGAGUGUCUCGGGAAAAAAGACUUGAGAAUGAAGCGAUGCCUCCCAGGAUACCCAAACACGACGGAUCAAACCUACAGAUCGGUUGCCAGAUUGAAUCAGUUGCCAGAUUGGAGGAACUUUUUUCUUCUUCUUUAUCUUCUAUGCAGUUUGGGGGGGUAGUGAUGGCACUCUGUCCUGCAGACUGGGACACUAAUCUCAUGGGGAGGUUGGGGCAAAGAAAUAGAAUUACCCAUUUAUAUUCAUUCUAUUUCUAUGGGUUGAGGAUUGUGCACACCUGAUUUCUCUCCCUCGCCCAUUUCGUUAUUGAAGGUGAGACGGGCUUGUGGUGAGAUUGUGCUGCCAUGGUCAGUGUGGCUCAGACUUGCUAGCCAGUGUUCACUAUUACAUCUACUGAUAUCUGUUGAUAGUCUCGUGAUCAGCCUAUAACGACAAUUGCCAUGAAGCUUUGAGAAGGUUUUGGCAAUGCCCCCCUCUCCAGAGCCACAUCAUGGAUGUUAACCCCAAAGUGAAAAUAAACAGAAAAAUACA